UUAAAAAAACUGUUAUUAUAAAAUCUAGCAAGUCAAGCUAAGUAUAAGAUGGAGAAGAUCAAACUUUACGAAGAAUUUAAGUUAAUUGAAAAAACUGAGGCUGAAGUGAACGGAGCUUGGAAAGGUGCUCACUUGUUACUAUUCUUCAUGGCUUUUGUAUUCGGAUCUUUCUGCACGUUCUGCUUUCACAUGAUUAUGUAUCUCUUCGAUGAGAAGUGCGUCCUCUUCCCGAAGCUACUCUCACUGACUUCUCUGAGGCACAACCUUAUUUAUGAAUUCAUUCCUGACGAAAAGAUGGCGGAAAUGCUGCCCGUGGAUUUUCUGAGCACGCAAUGGAUAGACAAGAGUGCAUGUUACCUGCCCACAUAUGUGCCGCUGGUCUCCGGGAUCUUUGGUCUCGUGUGGACCACCAUGUUCCUCAUGUGCUCAGCUAGCAGCCGCACCCUUACCGGUUUACAGAGACCAUGGCGAGUGCUGCCUCCCGUUUUCGUGUUCUCUUUGCUGAUGGGCAGCCUCUGUGUGUACGCAUCCGCUGUCACCCAUAUGGGUCUCGAUGAACUCUGUCUCAAGCUGGGCGAGAUCACAGGAAGUACUACGUGCACGUACACAGUGAACGUGGCAACGUUAGCAUAUGAGCGUCGUAUCCGCGGCGUAUACCAGGCGACGCAGCUGACAGUGGCGGCAGCCUGGUUGCAUACCGCCUGCUGGUUGCUGUCUGCGCUGCUGGCGCUCGUCCGUGUCAUCCUCGCUGUAGAUUUCCACCUCGUGCGCGUGACAACACACCUACAGGGUGAUAUCGACAAGAUGCUGCAACGAUAUGAGAGACACGUGCGAACAGUUACUCCCGAUUUUAAGGAUACCAAAGAUUACAGUCUAUCUUACAGCGUAACUAGAGUUCAUUUCAAAAGGCCUUUUGGUUCUAGAAGCCCAGAUGGCGAGACUUUAUACAUUUCCAAACGACCUCAAUAUAAAUCUGAAACAUCUUUAGUUGCCGAGGAACAAAGUAAGUUACAUAGACGAACCGCAUAUAAAGGUAUUUCUAAAGAAAAACAUUUUAUUGUUGAUUUCCUCUACGAUAUAUUAGACACGAUAAAUUUAAACCCAUCGUUAAACGAAUCAUCUUCGAGCUUAGACGACGACGAGUCUGCCUCUUUAAUUAUUAGGCAAUACGGACAAGAAAGGAUAAAAUCACAAGCUGAAGAACAUCAAUCACCUGGAGAAUCUCAAGAAUAUUUAUCUAUAGACCUUCAUGAAGAAGAAGAGAUAUUCAGUGAGAUAAAAAGAAAUAUAAACCAAUACUUGGAUAAAACUUUAGACCAAAUCCAAUCCGAACGCCUUAUUACUCCCUUUAGUGAAGAAAGUUUCGUCUCGGUACUGAAUAUUACACCAGAUUUGCAAGAAAUGUUAGAUAAGAAAAAAAUAGAGCAAAAACAAGAAGAAGUAUCUGAAAAGAUUGAAGUGGCUGAUGAUAACAAAAGAGAAGAGAAACAGGAAACUGAAGAUCCAGGUACAAGCUCGGCUUUAGUUAACGAGCAAAAAGAAGAGGUAAAACCUAAGAAAAAAGAAAAACAAGAUUAAUCUAUAUUAUUUUUUGAGUUUUAGUGACAAUUUGUGUGCCAGUUUAUGUUUUAAAUAAAUACUAUUUCUUUAUCUU